AUGGCGCAGAUCUCUACCACUUCCGAACAUACCAUCCAAACUCUCGAGCGGAUUGGCGCACACUCACACGUCAAAGGGCUUGGUCUCGAUGAUCAGCUUGAACCUCGUCCCUCUUCGCAGGGCAUGGUAGGCCAGCGUGCUGCUAGGAAAGCGGCUGGCCUCAUCGUCAAGAUGGUUCAAGACGGACGCAUUGCUGGCCGAGCCAUCCUCAUGGUCGGUCCCCCUAGCACAGGCAAGACUGCCAUAGCGAUGGGUAUGGCACAAACCCUAGGCUCUGACGUUCCUUUCACCAUGCUUUCGGCAUCCGAAGUAUUCUCGCUCGAAAUGAGCAAAACCGAAGCGCUUAUGCAGGCGUUCCGAAGAUCUAUCGGUGUGCGCAUCCGUGAAGAGGCCGAGGUGGUCGAAGGUGAAGUCGUGGAAAUCCAGAUCGACCGAUCACUGACCGGUGCCACAAAGACGGGAAAGCUGACCAUCAAGACCACCGACAUGGAGACCAUCUACGAGCUCGGAAACAAGAUGAUCGACUCGUUGCAAAAGGAAAAGGUUACUGCAGGUGACGUGAUCGCUAUUGACAAGGCAAGUGGCCGCAUCACCAAACUUGGCCGCAGUUUCACUCGUGCCCGUGAUUACGACGCCAUGGGCAGCGAUACCAAAUUUGUCCAAUGUCCCGAGGGCGAGUUGCAACGCAGGAAGGAUGUGGUGCAUACUGUAUCGCUGCACGAGAUCGAUGUGAUCAACUCGCGAACACAAGGCUUCCUCGCGCUAUUCUCAGGUGACACGGGAGAGAUUAAGCCAGAGCUGCGUGACCAAAUCAACAUCAAAGUGGGCGAGUGGAGGGAAGAGGGCAAAGCCGAGAUCGUUCCAGGUGUACUGUUUAUUGACGAGGUUCACAUGCUCGACAUUGAGUGCUUCUCGUUCCUCAACCGGGCGCUUGAGUCGGAGCUAGCACCGCUCGUCAUCAUGGCCUCUAACCGUGGCAUCUGCCGCAUCCGUGGCACGCGCUUCCGCUCACCACACGGUAUUCCCAUCGACCUUCUGGACCGUGUGCUGAUCAUCAGUACCAAGCCAUACGAGCUUGCAGACCUCAAGCAGAUCCUCACCAUCCGAGCGGCCGAGGAAGAAGUGUCACUCAAACCAGAAGCGCUCGAGGUUCUGACACGUAUGGCGUCAGAAACAUCGCUGCGCUACGCCAUCAAUCUUAUCACCACCGCUAACCUGGCAGCCAAGCGCAGAAAGGCAGACGAAGUCGAGGUGGCUGACGUGCGCAGGGUAUACAACCUCUUUGUCGAUGAGAAGCGCAGCGUGCAGUAUCUCAAGGAGCACGCCGAACAAUUUAUGAACGAGUCGGACGAGUAUGGAGAUAUCGAUGGAUUGAACUCGGGCGCACCCAUCAUUGGACGUCAGGCUUCCGCCGGUGCUGUUCAAGCUUGA